CCCUUUACAAGGACACUAGACGGAUCAUAACGUAAAGGCUGAUAAGGACAGAAUGUAGGGCACUAUGAAGCAAUUUGGGAUUUAGUCAGAGAUACAUGCGAGAGCGUUGAGCGGAAAAGUAAAGGCUGAAUAAUUCUGGUGUUUUGCGACCGCUAAUACUUAUUAGCAUUAGCUAGAAGAGUUAGCUCUUCUAAUGUAAACAAUCUGUCAGAAUGCACCGCGUGAAGGUUGGGUGCUUUGGCUUGCUCGCUUCCAGGCAGCUUUUAAGCCAAACUAAUUCGCUUCCGUGUUGUAUCCGUGGUGCAGGUUGUGUACAAGAGUUAUUUUAUAAUGUUGUUGGACGCCAAACAUCGACGGCGACGUCAGAACCGGUGAUAAUCCGCGUUCCGAGGCGCAUGCAAGACCGCAUGGACAGUGUGAAGCAGGUGAAACGCAAAAACCUCGAUAAAGUAGCCACAGUAAAAGCUGGUAGACUGCUGAUCGAAAGUAAGAACCCACUACUGAAUCAGUCUGUCAGUUACACUCUGGGCAAGUUUGAAGAACCAGUCCUCACGUCAAAGGGAUGGAAGAAUAACAAAUCAUUUGGAGACUACUUUACCAUCAACAGCACCCAGAGUGCUCCUCCGUUCCUCCCUGAGUCUAAGGAAGAGAAGAACCAGGAUGGACAGAAUCCCAGAAACACAUUCAGCCAUCUCCGUCUUUCGUCACAGCUCGUCGAGACACUGCAGAGUCACAAUAUCACGCAUCCUACGAUUGUGCAGUUACAGACUAUUCCAAAACUGCUCCGGGGUCACAACGUCCUGUGUGCUGCUGAGACAGGCAGCGGAAAAACUUUGGCCUACCUCCUGCCCGUUGUCCAUAAACUACAUACAGAGAUGAGACCGAUAGAGCUGGAGUCAGAGCAGAAGACACAAGCGCUGGUCCUUGUGCCAUCGAGAGAGCUGGCCGAGCAGGUGACCUCGGUUGCACGUGCCUUGAGCCAACCGUUUGGGCUAAAGGUUAAAGUUGUAGGUGGAGGAAGAGGAGUCGGAAGCAUCAAAGCAGCUUUCAGCUAUGGUCAGCCUGAUCUUCUGGUUGCUACGCCUGGCUCGUUGUUGAAGGCAAUAUGGAGACGCUUUGUGGAUCUGAGUGAACUUCGUUUUAUUGUAGUAGAUGAAGCUGAUACAAUGUUUGACCCCAGUUUUGUAGAUAUGCUUGAGAAGGUUCUCCGACACACGCAGGUCGCUGCUAGUCUCUCUGAGCUGACCGGACCCACACGAAAAGCACAGCUGGUGGUAGUAGGUGCUACUUUCCCUGGAGGGGUCGGUGAGCUCCUGGAUAAAGUGACCGAUCUGGGCAGCUUGGUAACGGUUAAGAGCCGGAUGUUGCAUUACCUGAUGCCGCAUGUCAAGCAGACCUUUGUGAAAGUGAGAGGCUCUGAGAAGGUUCUGGAGCUUCACCAAGCUUUGAAGGAGGCAGAUCGGAAAGGCGUUUUGGUGUUCUGCAACUCGGCUGCCACUGUCAACUGGCUUGGUUACACGCUGGAAGAGAUGGGUCUUCAUCACGCUCGUCUUCAGGGAGAAAUGCCUGCCUCGAUGAGGGAAGGAAUUUUUCAGAACUUCCAAAAAGGCCAUGUUGAUGUUUUGCUUUGUACUGAUAUCGCCUCCCGAGGACUUGACACGCAAAGAGUGGGGUUGGUGGUUAACUAUGAUUUCCCAGAAUCCCAUACAGACUACAUUCACCGUGCAGGCCGUGUAGGCAGGGCAGGAGCCUCAGGUGGAGGACAUGUCCUGAGUUUUGUCACCCAUCCAUGGGAUGUAGAGCUGGUGCAGAGCAUUGAGACAGCAGCCAGGAGGAGAAUGUGUUUACCAGGAAUGGAGACGGACAUCCAGAGACCAAGCAAAACAUUAUCACAGGAGAGCAAAUGAUAUUACACAAUUACUCAUUUUCACUGCUGUUUUUCCCACACAGUACUCAUAUAAUAUGUUCAGGAAUACCUGAUAUAGAGUUGAUUGCAAAUAAUUGUUCUGGUAAAAGAAGAAUGUACUUGUCAUGCUUUACAUUAAAUAAAUAAAUACUUAUUCCAGGAUGUUAUAAAUGAAAUUCCAGUCCAUCUUGUAACAAAAUGCAACAACCCACAGUCUGCAAAAAGUCCACAAAAAUACCUUAAAAUGGAGUUCUUCAUAACACUCUAGGACUCAAUCUGGUUUUGAUUUACAUUUAUUCAUCUAACUGUAUUCCUUAUUCAUUUUGUGACAUUAGUUUCAGCAAAUUCCUGUAUCUUUAAUUUUUUUGCCAAGAGGAUGUGCAAACUUUUGCACUCUUUUCUGCUCUUUUUUGAUUUGUAAUAUCUAUAUUAAUGAGAGAGGUUCUGAAUUUCACAUGUCAGUUUAUUGAGUUUUACUGAGAAAUUGGGAAAUAUUUGUAUGCGUUUUUUUUUUGCAUUUACAGUAAAAUACGCUUUUAUUGUGAAUGUGUUAAAAUGCUCCAAGGAGAAGUUCUCUAUAUAAGUGUUUGUAUUGAUUUUUUUCCAUUCAUAGCUUUCAAUGCAGAAAUCUUUCACAGCAAUUUCCGAUUCAUUUGCUAUUGUGCUGCGUUUAUUAUGUAAAUGCUUGAUACACAGUUGACUGCUGAUGGCCUGCAGGGCGUCUUGGAAAGGAAAGGGAAUAAAGCAGAAGCCAUUUGAAGAAUCUUAGAAA